CCGGUUUUUGACUGCGACGAUACAAAAAAAUGGCAUCAAGUUUAUUAAGUGUAUUUUGCAUAGUGCUCAUGGUUUGGUAUUGUGAGUCGUAUAACAUUUUAGUGGUCAGUCCCCUGGCUGGAAAAAGUCACGCUAUUCUCGGAGACGGCAUCGUUAGACACCUUACUAAUGCAGGACACAAGGUGACAUACAUAACAUCCUACCCUGAUAAUUUGACCCAUAAGAAUCUCACCAUCGUUUUCGCAAGUGACAAUGUGGAAGUCACUGAAAGCCAAAUGACAAACAUACAAUUUUUAAUGGACCAGGAUUUCAGUUUGCAAGACCCGAGCCUUCUUUUCUACCAUUUCAUAGAAAAUGGAAGGAAAGCGGUAUCUGUUCCAGCCGUCCAAGACUUAUUUAAGGAUAAAAGUCAAAAAUUUGAUGCUAUAAUCGCUGAAUGGAUGUUCUCAGAACUGUAUGCUGGAAUACCAGCUAUAUUCGAUUGCCCAAUGAUCUGGUUCUCAACUGUAGAUCCUCAUUGGAUGGUGCUCAAGUUAAUAGAUGAGGUUCCCAACUCUGCGUAUGUCGCGGAUGGUUUAUCUACUGAUAUCCCUCCAUAUUCCUUCCGGCAGCGAGUACAUGAGUUAUAUAACCAACUUUAUGGACAAUAUCUACAAUAUUGGGUCACAUAUCCUAUCGAACAGCAAUACUACGAACAAUAUAUAGCACCUCAUAUAAGAGAUAAGAGUAAACCUGUGCCAUCGUUGGAAGCUUUGAGAUAUAACGCGUCCUUGAUUCUGGGUAACUCGCACUCCUCUAUGGGAGGAGCUUUGAAAUUACCACAGAAUUACGUAGCAAUUGGUGGUUACCAUAUCGAUAUGAACGUCAAACCUCUGUCAGAGAGUCUCAAAAAAAUCAUGGACAAUGCAAAACACGGAGUAAUUUACUUCAGCAUGGGAUCUACUUUGCGGAGUGAAAACUUUCCAAAAGAGUUAAAAGAGGGAAUUAUAAAAGUAUUAGGAGAGUUGAAACAGACUGUUAUUUGGAAAUUUGGAGAAGAUUUACCAAAUCGACCAAAGAACGUCCACAUUGUGCAAUGGGCACCACAGCCAAGCAUUUUAGCUCAUCCUAACUGCGUGUUGUUCAUCACUCACGGUGGUCUGCUGUCAACCACUGAAGCAAUCCACUUUGGUGUUCCCAUCGUCGGUAUCCCAGUGUUUGCUGACCAGUUCGCUAAUAUCGAACGCGCUGUGAACAAGGGAUUCGCCAAGAAAGUAACGCUCUCUUAUAAUAUGGCCACGGAACUUAAGACCCAGAUUGAGAGCAUUUUUAGUGAUCCCAAAUAUGCGGCAAAGGCAAAGGAACUGUCCCUAAUAUACCAUGACCGACCAGUAUCUCCUGGCGAUGAACUGGUACACUGGGUGGAACACGUGGUUAAGACAAGCGGCGCGCCGCAUCUACGCUCUCCCGCGCUUAUGGUGCCCUGGUACCAGAAAUGCUACCUUGACCUUCUUGGUCUUAUCCUUGUAGUUCUUUUAUCUGUUUUGUGUUUAUUACUAAAAUUGUAUAGGAAAAUACUCAAAAAAUCUGACCACAAUAUAGGUAGUAAGAAAACUAAUUAAAUAAAAGCAUGACGUCUUUUCUUUA